GCGCUAGCGGGCGGCGUGUUGCUCAUUGGCACGGUGCUGGCGGGGAACUCGCUCGUGUGCAUGAGCGUGGCCUCCAAGCGCGCGCUACAGACGCCCACCAACUACUUCAUCCUGAGCCUGGCGGCCGCCGACCUACUCCUUGCACUGCUCGUGCUGCCGCUCUUCGUCUACUCCGAGGUCCACGGCGGAGAGUGGCUACUGAGCCCUCGCCUCUGCGACGUGCUUAUGGCCAUGGACGUCAUGCUCUGCACCGCCUCGAUCUUUAACCUAUGCGCCAUCAGUGUGGACAGGUUCGCGGCCGUGACGGUGCCGCUGAACUAUGGCCGGCAGGGCCGGCCUCAGCUACUGCUCAUUGGCGCCACAUGGCUGCUGUCCGCCGCACCGGUCCAGCGGCCCCGGUCCUCCCCCAGCACCCGGGAUCCCGGGGGUCCCCUGCGCCGCAGAUCCCACGGACCUGCGACAGGGCUGCCCUGCCUGCUGGACUGUGCACCCGCUCCUGGCCUUCCCCGGGACCCCUGUGGCGCUGACUGUGUAGCUGCAGACGACCUCCCGGACGCGGCGCUCCCGCAGCAGGCCCGCAGGAGACCGCGCGCUAAGAUCACCAGCCGGGAACGCAAAGCCAUGAGGGUGCUGCCGGUGGUGGUCGGGGCCUUCCUGGUGUGCUGGACACCCUUCUUCGUGGUGCACAUCACUCAGGCGCUGUGUCCGGCCUGCUCCGUGUCCCCACGCCUGGUCAGCGCCGUCACCUGGCUGGGCUACGUCAACAGCGCCCUCAACCCCGUCAUCUACACCAUCUUCAAUGCUGAGUUCCGCACAGUCUUCCGAAAGGCACUGCGCCUGGGCUGCUGAGCCAGCUCCUGGAGAUGGAGCCCAGCAGGGAAGGGCCAAGCGCAGCCGUUGUCAUUUAAACGACUCCUUCCCGACCUGUGGGGUGUGGUUGUGGGUGACGGUGUGGGGAAGAGGGGCUCUGGGAGGUGACUCCAGAGGAAGGGCUGGGCCCCAGGAACCCGGCUACCCUGUGUGGCUCUCUUGAGCCUCUACCAUUGCAGCCCCCAGCUAGGGAAGGCUCCUGGGAGGGACAGCAAUCUAGUCCAGGAGCAGGAGGCACCUCAUCAUCCCCUUAUGCCUGUUGAGAAAUGAGGGGCUCUGAGGUGUAUGAGCUGAGAACACCAUCUUAUCCCAGCAUCAGGAAGUACUCUGGGCAUGGGGGCCACCGCCCCAUGCCAUGUACCCCCUUCCUGGCCUCAGUGCAUGCAGGAAGCCCCCCCCCAGCCUCCUUCCAGUAAUAGCCAUUUUUCAUACCUCAGGGAACAACUGGUCACAGGUUUGUGGGGAGAGGGUAACCCUGUGGGGGUUGGGACUCCCUUAGCUUUGCCUCCGGACCUGAAGGCCUAAGUGUGCUCUGCCCUUGCUGGCCCUUCUGAGCAGCUCUGUAGAGAAGGCCACCAGAAGCCUCCACACUCCAGGGCUGACACCAAGACCCUCAGUGAGCCUCCCAAAGAAACCUCAAGCCCAAGGUUCACAGGUUCCAUUUUAAAGCCAAGAGAAGAGCACGAUGUUCCCCAAACCCAGGAAACGUCGGGACUCCAGGAGGCCAGUGGUGUCCAUCUGGACCCUCCCUGAAUAAGGCUCUGGGUACCUCCCCUCAGGGAUGUGUCCCUAUGCCCCACAGACGACCCUCUGCUCAACAGUGUCAGGGCAGUCCUUUGCCCACGCAGUGGUCCUCAGCUUCCUGCCACCUUUUGCUGCAAACCUCAUGGCCAGGCCCAGACCCCUGCAGGUGUCCUGUAGCCUCUA